AGCAGCAGAGUGGAAGAUACUCAACACAUCCAACAUGGACCUCCAGGUUUGCUCCUGUGGCUGGUCCAAAGUGACGACCUACCACGGCCUGAGAAUUCACCAGGGAAGGAUGGGAUGCACGCCGAAGGGAAUGAGGAUCCCUGAGAACGAGCACUUCGGAUUUAACAGUUACCGUUCUGGGUUCAUGACACCAAUCAACUUGGAGGUGCCUGUAUUGGAUAUACCCCCUCCCCGUAGGAGGUCUGUCUUUGAGACUCCUCAGCGCUCUCAUGGUGCGUGGCAGGUGCAGCAGACACUUCCUGUGUAUCACGAGAACAAGAUGGAGAUAGAACGGGAGAAAGAACGGGAGAAAGAACGAGAGAAAGAACGGGAGAAACAACGAGAGAAAGAACGGGAGAAAGAACGAGAGAGAGAACGAGAGAAAGAACGGGAGAAAGAACGAGAGAAAGAACGGGAGAAAGAACGGGAGAAAGAACGAGAGAAAGAACGAGAGAAGGAACGGGAGAAAGAACGAGAGAAAGAACGGGAGAAAGAACGAGAGAAAGAACGAGAGAAAGAACGAGAGAAGGAACGGGAGAAAGAACGGGAGAAAGAACGAGAGAAGGAACGGGAGAAAGAACGGGAGAAAGAACGGGAGAAAGAACAAGAGAAAGAACGAGAGAAGGAACGAGAGAAGGAACGGGAGAAAGAACGAGAGAAAGAACGGGAGAAAGAGAGGGAGGCUCUACUAAAGGCAAGACAAGACCGUAUGAGGGCUGAGUUACAACAGAAAAUUAAAAUCAGGAAACAGCAGGUGGCCGAAGUCAGAUUAUCUGUAAAAGGCUGCAAGGUUAGCUUGGAUGCCGAGUGGCUGAAGAUCAACAGUGUAUUCUCCGAGGCGAGGAACGCUGUGGACGAUGCUUGGCAGAAAGCCCUUCAGCCUCUGGAGGAGAGGAGACUUAAAGUAAAGAGAGAAGAACAAGAUCUGGUCCAGAGGCUGGAGAGAGAAAUCGAUAAACUGAAAACGAGCAUUGAUGAGCUGGACAAAAACCCAGACUUGCAGGUCUCUCUGGACGAAUCUAGAGAUUUGAAAAAUGUAAGUGUUGACACUUCAUUCUCCUUCGGCACCCUGAGAACUACAACUUCAGCCAUGAUGGAACAAAUUCGCCUGAACCUGGAAAAGCUCUCCUCUGUUGAACUCAUGAGAAUCCCCACGUUUGCAGUGGAUGUGAAGCUGGACCCAACCACUGCGCAUCAAUUUCUUGUUCUCUCUGAUGAUGGGAAGAAAGUGAGAGACGGAGGAAAGACCCGGAAAGUUCCUGACACUCCGCAGAGGUUUGACAUGUAUGGCAGCGUCCUUGGGAUCAACAGCUUGACCUCUGGGAAGUCAUACUGGGAGGUGGAGGUCAGCAACAAGACCGGGUGGGAUCUGGGUGUGGCAAGAGGCGAUGCAAACCGGAGAGGGGAACUUAAUCUGAACCCGGACAACGGUUACUGGGUGACUGUGCAUUAUGAAGGCAAACGGUACGCGGCCCUGUCUGCUCCGCCCGUCUGCCUUCCCCUGAAAAAGAAACCUCAGAAGGUGGGAGUGUUUGUGGAUUACGAGGAAGGUCUCGUGUCCUUCUAUGAUGUGACGGCUCAGUCUCACAUCUUCUCGUUCACCGAGUGUUCGUUCAGCGGUGAGAUCUUCCCGUAUUUCAGUCCACAUCUCAAACAAAAUGGGAAAAACUCAGAUCCUCUGAUUAUCUCUGCUGUGAAAAGGCAGUAGUGGUUAUGAAGUGUGUGGGUGUGGCGGUCUGUUAGAGGGUUAGUGUGUAGCAAUGUAUAUGUAUGAUGUAUGUAUCACAGCAUCUAAAUCUACAUAUAAUAUUUGGCAUUUGUCAGAUGUCUAUUAUUCUUUUUAUUCACUUCUCUACCUGGCUCUUUGUAUCCAUUGUAUAUAAGGUGAUGAGGAAAUGACAUUUAAUGUAAACUCUAUAGUUUGUACGUCACAUUAGUGAUAUAUCAAAGUUUAAAUAUCUAGAACUGGUGUGGGAACAUUUUCUAUAUUUCCAUUUUUGUGGUUUUGGUAUAAAAUAAAUA